AUGGGUUUGGUGUGGAUCGGGACAGAGAAUCUAUUGAUCACCACCUCUAUACGUCUCUCAUCUUUUAAUUCGAGGAUAGCUCACCUGAUUGUGUGCACGAAACAUCACGACGAGACUGGACCUCACCGCGGUUCAAUCAUUUGCGUCCCUCCGCAAUCAGUUGGGCUAUGUUGGGUUGUGCUUUUGCCCCUUCAGAGUCACUCACCAGAUUGGUCAAUGGUUAGAGGCCAGACAAAAUUAGUCCCCUGCCUCUCUAGAUUGGUGGGUGGAUUGAGGGCGGUUCCUUACUUCCUAAAACGGACUCUCUGUAGCCCAGUGCCAAAACCUCGCUGCUUUGCAGCCAGGUUUUUGAGCCAAAUGCUUUGGUUGAGAACCCUAAUUCUUCUCCUAUCUAGAUCUGCGCAGACUGACAGUAUUCUGCCCACGCGGUACAAUACAACGAACGUCUCUCCCGUCGCGGAAGAUAAUCAACGGCGCCCUGUCUGCUGCAUCCCGAAGAGUGGAUCAGGGAUUGGAUGCUACUGCUCAUGUCUUCUCGGCUUUCUAUCCCCCUCUUUCGCUUUUUCAUCCAUAUCGUCAGUUUCUACUUCAUUUUUCUUUCCUUAUUUUCAACCCUCCCUCCAAUUUUUGGCUCGUCUCCACUUUGCUACAAUAGGCGUUUCUCUUUUGGUUUUGAAUGCAGGGCGUCGCUCCAAUACAGUCGACAAGUCCAUGUCCGUCCAGACGGACGACCUCGGUCCAUGCGCUUCUAUUUGGAGCCCUCGAUCCUUACUGAGACUG